GUACCCUCUUCACCCUCGUGUCCUUCUGGUUGCUGGGUGAUCCGUUGCUCAGCAACAGGCGGAUGGAGCGGAUCAGUUUGAACGAGGAGGCGGCGGCCGCUGUCGAUUCUUAUGUCGAAUAUCGGAGAAUUGUUGGUGAAGAUGAUGGUGGCACCCUUUUCACACCAGAGGAGUACGAAAGGUAUAAGAAGGAAGUAUUGCCAAUACGAUUGCGAAAUCGAUUGUUUGUCAGCUGGACAUCACCCAAUGGCAUUGACUGCAAAUUAGUUGGUCCAGAAACACACUGUUUUUGCAGACACAGAUAUAAACAGCACAAAACAGAUUUCAAAGAAAUUCCAACAGAGCGUCCAAUCUUGCUCCCCUGCAGAGUAACAGGUUGUCGGUGUAUCUCCUACAAUUAUGUGCCACUGAAUGGAACUCAGCCAAUUCGUUGCCGGUGCAAACAUUUUGCAGAUGAUCAUGAUGAAAUGGUACCAUAUAAAUGCCAAAAAUGUGCAGGAUGUUCUGGAUUUCACAGUUCCUUUACCUGUGGCUGUACCCACCCAACAUAUGCUCAUACAAUGAUCGUUGAGACUAAAGAAGAACGUUUGGCUCGAGGACGAUCGGUAGGACCAGAUGUUCCCUAUGCCGCCAUGGGAGGACUCACUGGAUUUAAUGCAUUAGCAGAAGGAUAUAUGCGACUAGACUCAAGUGGAAUCGGGUCACCAAGUAAUGAAGUUCUUGAUGCACCUUCUACUUCGAUGGAUCAUCCUUUUCUGAGAGCUUAUGGACCGCAAAUGGAUGCAAUAAAUGCUGGACGCUCUCCAGAUGAUGUUUAUGGUUUAAGUCGAUUCGCUCAUCUUCCCACAGCUGAGGAACGAGACAUGGCUUACUUUGAAAGCCAGUAUCAAGAACGGCUCAAGAUGGAAAAGGCUGCCGCUAAGGGACAGAAAAAAAUUCCUGCACCUAAAGGUGAAACUUCACAAAUUCCAAAACCAACAAGGCGAUCAAAGCACUAAAAGUCAAAGAACAUGCAUGCAUUUAGAUGUCUUUCCCUUUAUCAAUCACAUAAGAUACAUUAUUGAUGUCACGAUACCAUUCUACUUGCACUCCAUAUUUCAAACCAUCACUGUCAUCAGUUUAUGAUCUGAAUAUCAUGAACAUACGUAUCUUUGACAUUGUCAUCCUCCUACAAAUAAACACCUUGGAGAUGAAAAGUAUAAAUUGCUUCACAACGUCUACGCAGUUGUUUCUGAGGAACAGAUCAUUUUUGGCAUUUUUAACAUGAUAAUAUUUUUUGGGAUAAAUAUCUUCAGGACAAAGAAAUGUGCCAAAAGUAUUGCCAAUUGGGAGGUAAAUUAAAUUAAAUAGGAAUUUGAUCUGUGGGCCUCUACUGUUAUUCACAUUCAAUAAGAGGCAAAUUCCCAAUGACUAAUAGCAAUAAGCAAGUUAUCUCUUCUACAGCUGAAGAAGUUAUGGCAAAGGAAUAAUGGGAAAAUUUGGAAAAAAAAUUUUGAAAGGUAAAGUAGAAAAUGGUGCUUCAAAGCAGACUUUGCACCUGAACGAGUAACUUGUCUGGUCUCUCCAGUUACUAGUUCACCUGUAUCAGCCACAACUUCCCCUGGCUUCUCUCAGCCACCCUUUACCCCAAGCUCAAUCUCACCACUACCUGGGCUCUUAGUGCCUGGCG